AUGACAAGUAUCGCCACGGGAGAGUUCUUCAUAACGGACCCAGAACAGAAUAUCCUAGACUUCGAGACCUAUUACGUCAAGCUGUCCACCUCUGCCCUCAGUAAGAUCCACUGCGGUUUGCUUUGCGUUGUGAAGCUCGGCACGUGCUCCUAUUACGUUUAUGACGUAAGCACGACCACGUGUUAUGGACGCCCAAACGCGGCAUUUGUACCGUACAAUCCUGGGGUUCUGACUGUCGUCAGGACCGGGACAAAGAUGGUUGACAUCACACACAGGCAAAAAGAGUUCCGGUCGUGUGUCCUUGAGGAAGAUGGUAUUUUGGUGGGCGACACUACCUGUAUCAAGGUAUUGAAAAAUCAGAUGGAUCAGCAGGCAUCUGCAAUCGGUUGUGGAACCUAUCUUCAAGGACAGUUGUUCGAACCAAGAUCAGAAUGCCUUUCCAGAGAGUACAAACUGCCUAUGCUGGAACGCAAUAUUAUUGACACAAACAAUCCCCUUUGGAUCGGACUAAGGUAUGAUACUACUACCGAGACCUACAACUGGAUGUCAGAUGGAACGGAAGCAGCCUUUACUGACUGGUGUACCGGAAACUACUCAACAAACCCGCCUCAACCAGAUCUGCCAGACACCCAGCACUGCAUUUCUACCGUAUAUUUGGGGGAACACUGGCCCCUUUGGUUGGUUGGAUAAACGAUGCAAUUCGGAUUUCGAAGCCAUUUGUGAGAUCCCCUUUAGUGUGUAACAUAAACAGAAAUAAUAAAAAGCCCUAAACCAGUGGAAUUUAUAACUUUACUCCUGGGACAAAGACUAGGAAUAUAUCAUUCGCAAUAAAUAACUGAAGUUACAUUUGGUGGUAUAUUGGCUGAGAAUUUCUUAAAAUCUUCGGUGACAUUUGUUGGGAAAAUCACAGAGAUUAUGUUAACUGCACCAUGCAGCUGAUUUGAGUUAUUAUGUACAUAUAUCUAUAUAACCAUAAAGAUUUUGAAAAAAAUGCAUAUGUCCUGGAACGUGAAUGAGGAAUGAAAUAUGUCAACAAAUCACAAACAAUGUUUCAGGCCCACCU